GACGCGCGGGCUUUUUGGACGUUGACUGGGACCUCCUAACAGCGACGUCUCCCAGCGUUCCAUGUGAACGUUCUAAGACAGUGCGCAGCAUUAACAUCAGGAACAUAUCUAUACUUAAAAGAGCACUCGUGGUUUCAGAUUGACAAUAACAUUCCCCCAUAACAUCAAGGCUCACCAAAUCGCAUCUUACGAUGUCUGGGUCUACUACAUUUGUGCUUGAACCUGAUAACCCAUGCAAUACGGUUAUCAGAGACCAGGAAACGGGUGAACGAGUUUACACGGUAUACACCGAGCACACGAAGAAAGAUACAAUCACAUAUGUGAGGAAUGGCGAUGGCGACCAGAUCGCAUCAUCCAAGUGGAGGGAUGUUACUUCUGACAUCAUCAAGUUGGGAAAUACAGAAGAGUUUCCGUCCAGUGCCUGGUUGAAGAAGAGCAUCAUACCUUUCAGCGAUUCUGUCUCGUGGAAAGAUAGUCGCGGAAAGCAAAUGAAGUGGAAGGGAAAUUCACCAGGUUUAGCAUUACAGUUAUUCACCGAGGGAGACAAUAAGCAGCCUGUGGCUCGGUUCAUAAAGUCACGUCGAUCUAGGGGAAAGGAUCUUAAUUCCCCCGCACAAGAGGUUCAACCUGCUACUCUUGUCCUGGAUUCUCGCGCGAUGGAGAUUUGCGAUUUGGUUGUGAUUUCCUUUCUUUUUCUUGAGAAAAGCCGACGGGCGAGGGACAACUCUACCCAACAUAGGGCUGAUUCGAUGACAUACGCCCCUGGCUCCAGCUAUACCAUAAAUAACGGAGGGGCAUGAGCACUAAGUUUUGUAUUUUGCGGAUCAGAGCCUGUAUGUAAUAAGUAUUUGAAACGACAAAACCUUCCGAUACUCGUGUGCACUGGUCGAUUCCAACAUGUACAGGCUAUAGCAUAGUGUGAACAUUAGGGGUUUAAUAGUAUCAUCGAUUAUUGACUUACUGUAGAGUCCUGCAUACAUUGUUUAGUAAGCAGAGGCGGCCCCUAAUUUGUCAAUACUAAUCGUCUAUGACGUUGUAUCGA